CAGAGAGUCUGAGGAACUUUUCUUUACAGCGUCUCGUCGGGCAUGAGAUGAGCCAACUGUACACACUGUUACUCUCCCGUGAAAGCUGUAACAACUCAACAAGACACACGCACACUCACUCACUCCUCACCUGAAAAAUAUCAUACUGAUUAAUAAAAUAAAACAAAUAGUAAGAAAAAGAAAACCACAAACCCAUCUCUGUCUCUCUCUCUCUCUUUCACUGUCUUUUACGCUUAAAAUCUAGCAACUUUUUUCUGCCAUAAAAAAAAUCUGGACUGAGGGAAGUGAUAGCAUUUCUCUGCUCUUUUGUUUCUUCGAACCAAACAAAUUCAAUUCUCAGAUUCCCUUGUUUCCAAUCCACACUUUCUCCUUGAUAGUAGCACCACUCCUUAAAGUUAACGUGUAAUCAUAAAGCUUUAAAUUCAAGUAAAGAUAUUGAAAAGUGUUAUCUGGGUCUGAUCCUUUUUUGGAAGAAAUGGUGAAUUUGGGAUUGUUUUCUGGGUUGAAGUCAAUGAAAUCAGUGAAUGUGAGUUUCAGAUUGCCAUAUUUUACUCACUGGGGUCAGAGCAUACUUGUAUGUGGGUCUGAGCCAAUACUUGGUUCAUGGAAUGUGAAGAAAGGCCUGUUGCUGAGCCCCGGUCAUGAAGGUGAUGAGCUCGUAUGGAGUGGAAGUGUUGCAGUUCCAAGUGGGUUUGGUUGUGAGUACAGUUAUUAUGUGGUGGAUGGUGAUAAGAAUGUUCUGAGAUGUGAGAUGGGAAGGAAGCGUAAACUGCUAUUGGCUGAUGGGAUUCAGGAUGGUGAGGUGGUGGAGUUCCAUGACCUUUGGCAGAUUGGCUCUGAUGAUCUCCCUUUUAGAAGCGCAUUCAAAAAUGUAAUUUUCAACCGAAGUUGGACUUUGAACGUAGAGACACCUCUAGGAGUCAUUCAGAAUAAGCUGGAUGAGGAAGCAGAGACAGUUCUCGUCCAAUUCAGAAUUUGCUGCCCAAAUAUAGAAGAAGACACAUCAGUUUAUGUGAUUGGUAGCCAUAUAAAUUUGGGGAAAUGGAAAGUUCAAGAUGGGCUUAAACUUAGCUGUGCUGGUGAUUCAAUCUGGCAAGGUGACUGUGUGCUGCGGAAGGUCGAUUUACCAAUAAAAUAUCCUUCUUGUAAGUAUGGCAAGGCAGGAAACUUUUCUUUAGAAACUGGUCCCAAUCGUGAACUAACUGUUGGCUCCUCGAAGAAUCAACCAAGAUACAUUUUUCUUUCAGAUGGCAUGUUUCGAGAAUUGCCAUGGCGGGCUGCCGGUGUUGCAAUUCCUAUGUUUUCUGUUAGGUCAGAAUCUGAUCUUGGAGUUGGAGAGUUUCUUGACCUGAAGUUACUUGUUGACUGGGCUGUGGAUUCUGGGUUCCAUUUAGUACAGCUUUUACCAAUCAACGAUACAUCUGUGCAUGGGAUGUGGUGGGACUCAUAUCCUUACAGUUCACUCUCUGUUUUUGCAUUGCAUCCAUUAUACCUGAGAGUUCAGGCUCUUUCAGAAAAUAUUCCAGAUGAUAUCAAGCAAGAAAUUCUGAAGGCAAAACAACGACUGGAUGGAAAGGAUGUUGAUUAUGAGGCUACUAUGGCUACUAAACUUUCAAUUGCCAAGAAAAUUUUCACCCGAGAGAAGGAUUUGAUACUUAGCUCUGAAUCCUUUCAGAAAUUUCUCUCUGAGAAUGAGGAUUGGUUAAAACCCUAUGCAGCCUUCUGUUUCCUGCGGGACUUUUUUGAAACUUCAGAUCGUAGUGAAUGGGGCCGCUUUUCUCAGUUUUCAAAAGAUAAGCUUGAGAAACUCGUUGCAAAAGACAGCUUGCAGUAUGAUGUGAUUUGCUUCCAUUAUUAUAUCCAAUUCCAUUUACAUUUACAAUUGUCAGAAGCUGCGGGAUAUGCAAGAAAGAAAGGAGUGGUAUUGAAGGGAGACCUACCUAUUGGUGUUGACAGAAACAGUGUGGAUACCUGGGUCUAUCCAAAUUUGUUUCGCAUGAACACGGCUACUGGAGCACCUCCAGAUUAUUUUGAUAAAAAUGGCCAGAACUGGGGAUUCCCUACUUAUAACUGGGAGGAAAUGUCAAAAGACAACUAUGCUUGGUGGCAAGCUCGUUUAACCCAGAUGGCAAACUACUUUACAGCUUACCGGAUUGAUCACAUACUGGGUUUCUUCCGAAUCUGGGAGCUUCCGGAGCAUGCUAUGACAGGUCUAGUUGGAAAAUUUCGACCAUCGAUCCCUCUUAGUCAGGAAGAACUUGAAAGAGAGGGAAUAUGGGACUUUGAUCGAUUGAGUCGUCCAUAUAUUCGGCAGGAAAUGUUACAGGAUAAAUUUGGAUCGUAUUGGACUUUUAUUGCCUCAACUUUUCUCAAUGAAUAUCAGAAGCAGUGCUAUGAGUUCAAGGAGGAGUGCAACACAGAGAAAAAAAUUGCUGCCAAGCUGAAGGCAUGUGCAGAGAGGUCCUUGUUGUUGGAGAGUGAAAACAAGACAAGGCGUGGUCUUUUUGAUCUUCUUCAGAAUAUAGUUCUUAUCAGAGAUCCAGAGGAUCCAAGGAAGUUCUAUCCUCGUUUCAAUCUUGAAGAUACUUCAAGUUUUAAUGAUUUGGAUGAUCACAGCAAAAAUGUUCUGAAAAAAUUAUACUAUGAUUACUAUUUCCACCGGCAAGAGAAUCUUUGGCGGCAAAAUGCUUUGAAGACUCUGCCUGUCCUCCUGAACUCAUCUGACAUGCUAGCCUGCGGCGAAGAUCUGGGUCUUAUUCCUUCUUGUGUUCACCCUGUCAUGCAAGAGUUGGGAUUAAUAGGUUUGCGGAUUCAACGCAUGCCAAGUGAACCUGGUUUGGAGUUUGGUAUUCCUUCUCAAUACAGCUACAUGACAGUGUGUGCUCCAUCUUGCCAUGACUGCUCAACCCUGCGUGCUUGGUGGGAAGAAGAUGAAGAAAGAAGAGGACGAUUUUUCAAGAGUGUAGUGGGGUCUGACGUUUUACCACCUAGUCAAUGUGUUCCAGAGGUUGCACAUUUCAUUAUAAGGCAACAUGUUGAAGCCCCAUCAAUGUGGGCAAUUUUCCCUCUUCAGGAUUUGAUGGCAUUGAAAGAAGAAUAUACCACACGCCCUGCAGCAGAGGAGACAAUUAAUGACCCCACAAAUCCUAAGCACUACUGGAGAUACCGUGUACAUGUGACACUGGAGUCUUUGAUAAAGGACAGUGAACUAAAAAGCACCAUUAAAGAUCUUGUACGAGGAAGUGGAAGAUCACAUCCUGUGGGAGAAAAUGAAGUUCAAGUGAAUGAAGAAUCAGUAGCCACUACUGAGAAGCAGCAAGUUGCCACUGGGAAAGAGAAACUCCUGGUCGUGACACAGUUGAAUGGUGUCCCUCAAAAGGAGAUUCCGGUGGUCCGCUAAGGUUGCUUAUUCUGCCAAGGUUGCUUAGAGAUCGUGUACUUAGGCAUCGUGUUGCAAUCAUAUCAUUUGAUUAUAUGCCUACAACUAGGAGACCCAAGUCAUACAAAAGUGGUAGAACAAAAGAAUCAGAAGAAUUCAUAUGAUGUUCACUCAAUGCUGCUGUUGAGGUUGGUCCUCUUUCCAUACAUCCAUACUUGUCAUGAACAUGCAUUAUUGAAAAUUGAUAGGAAUAUAUGUACUUUGAGUUUGUACGUAAUAAUGUUUCUUUCUUACUAUGAUUUCUCAUAGUAACUUCAAUAAUAAUAUAGUUGCUAGCAACAAACAGUGCAACAGUUAAAGAUUCCACGUUUGAAGAUUGUUUGGUAAUGCAGAAAUAAAAUUGUUGAUGAACAUUAUGUUCUUGCAAAUUUA